AUGGUAUUAAACGGAGCUUCCAUGGCAGCUUUUGACACCUGUUGCAAUGUUUUCUUACUCAAUUUGUGGGGUAAAGACAGUGACCCGUACUACCAAGCCCUGCACUUUACUUUUGGACUUGGAGGUCUAAUAGCUCCCCUGAUUGCUGCACCUUUUCUAGGAAAUUACAAUGAAUUCCAAAGCGCAAGUUUUAACUACGAAAACAUCACAUCCUUUACCAACAAUGUAACAGAUCAACUCCAUGGCGAAGAGUUUUUCUAUAAUGUCCCAAAAAUCACGUAUGCGUAUUCCAUCGUGGGUGCUGCUGUAUUCCUUGUAGUUCUGCUUUAUCUGUCAACCUUUGUGAUAUCACCCACAGAUGAAUACAGUGAAAAAGAUGAGACAAAGAGUAGCAUAAAGCAAAAUCCGUUCUUUUUCGUUUUAGCUACCAGCCUGGUUUUUGCGAUGCUAUUCAUUCAAACUGGUACAGAGAUUGGUUACGCACAGAUGCUAACACCAUAUGCUGUGAAAGGAAAACUGAAACUACCAACAAAAACUGGAUCUUACAUCACGUCAGCAUUUUGGGCUGCAUUUUCCAUUUCUAGGUUUUGCUCAGUCUUUAUGGCAAUCAAAUUUACCAAUUUGACAUUGAUAAUAUACGAUAUCAUAGUAACAUCUGUUGCUGCUGUGGUCUUAACGGCUUUUUCGAACCAAGUGUGGGCAUUAUGGCUCUCCUCAGUACUUUUCGGGAUUGGAACAGCUUCCUUUUUCCCGGCCGUAGUUGCGUGGUUUGGCACAUACAUCAGUGUCACGAACAAAGUAGCUGGUAUUUUACUGUGUAGUGCUGCCUUUGGUGAACUAGCGAUACCUUUUACGAUAAGCUUCACAAUUGAGACUACACCUGAAGUUUUCAUAUACAUGGUGCCAGCAAGUUGUGCAUGCUCUGCUCUUAUAGUGCUCAUUCUCUAUCUAAUUUUCAGAAACAGUCCAUCUAAUACAGACGCUGAAAAGCAGCCCUCUAUUGACGCACAUAUUUCAAACGUCAGUCUUUGA